GGGGAAAGGGGAGAGAGCCAGUCACGUGAUGAUUGAUAGUAUGAAGAAGAGGGAUGGACACUUAUGCUCCACCCUGGGUCUGAGCUCUUCUCUUGCUGGUGUGGGAUCUGCUGUCGAGUGCCAAAAUAAAAUCAAGUCUCGUUUAAAGGAGAAUUCCUGCUGUGUGUUUGAGGGAAUCGCUAAACCAGGCCAUUCAACACCUCUGAAUGACAUCUACACAGAGCUCUUCAUCACACACAGAGGCAGUGGAGAGGUCAACAAGGAACAUGAGGUCAGACUGACUGAAACAGCUUUCAGUAAACCAUUCAAGGAGGAAACACCAAUAAAAUGUGGAGACAUCUUCAAACCCUUACCUGGAAAAGAUAAAUCAAUCAGGACAACAAUGACAACUGGUGUGGCCGGCAUUGGUAAAACCAUCUUAACACAAAAGUUCACCCUGGACUGGGCUGAAGAAAAAGCCAACCAAGAAAUACACUUCACGUUUCUCUUCACAUUCAAAGACCUGAAUUUACUAAAAGGGGAAGAAUUUAGCUUGGUGGAACUUCUUCAUCAUUUCUUUAUUGAGACCAAAGAAGCAGGAAUCUGCAGAUUCGACCGGUUCCAAGUUGUCUUCAUCUUGGAUGGACUGGAUGAGUGUCGACUUCCAUUGGAUUUCAAGGAAAACCUGAUCUGGACUGAUGUCACAAAGUCCACCUCGGUGGACGUGCUGCUGACAAACCUCAUCAGGGGCAAACUACUUCCCUCUGCUCGCAUCUGGAUAACCACACGCCCUGCGGCAGCCGAUCUGAUCCCUGCUGAGUAUGUUGACAUGGUGACAGAGGUGAGAGGGUUCACUGACCCACAGAAGGAGGAGUACUUCAGGAAGAGAUUCAGAGAGGAGACGCAGGCCAACACUAUCAUCUCCCACGUCAAGAAAUCAAGAAGCCUCCACAUCAUGUGUUACAUCCCAGUCUUCUGUUGGAUCACUGCUAAUAUUCUGGAGGACAUCUUAAAGAAAUCCCAAAUAGAAGAGAUGCCCAAGACCGUGACUCAGAUGUACAGCUACUUCCUUUGGGUUCAGUCGAUACAGGUGGACAGGAAGUACCAUGGGAGAUCUGAAACAGAUCCAUACUGGGGUCCAGAGAGCAGGAAGAUUAUUGUUUCUCUGGGAAAACUGGCUUUUAACCAGCUGGAGAAAGGCAACCUGAUCUUCUACGAGGAAGACCUGGCAAAGUGUGACAUCGAUAUCAAAGAAGCCUCAGUGUACUCAGGGGUGUUCACCAAGAUCUUUAAAGAGGAGUGCGGGAUGUACCGGGCCAGGGUGUUCUGCUUUGUCCAUUUGAGUCUCCAGGAGUUUCUGGCUGCCCUUUAUGUCUUUUUGACAUUCAUCAACGAUGGUACCAAUCUGAUCUCAGAAGAACCACCCACCUCUGGGGAAGAUAAACUCCUCCUCCUCUACCAGAGUGCUGUGGACAAGGCCUUACAGAGUGAGAACGGACAACUGGACUUGUUCCUCCGCUUCCUCCUGGGCCUCUCUCUGGAGACCAAUCAGAUUGUCCUACGAGGUCUGCUGGGACAGACAGGAACUAGCUCACUGACCAAUACAAAAACAGUGUCUUACAUCAAGGAGAAGAUAGAUGGAGAUCUCUCUCCAGAGAGAAGCAUCAAUCUGUUCCACUGUCUGAAUGAGCUGAACCACCGUUCUGUAGUGAAGGAUAUCGAACAGUACCUGACAUCAGGAAAUUUCUCAGAAGAAUUUCUCUCUCCUGCUGAACUGUCAGCUCUGGCCUCCAUCCUACUGACAUCAGAAGAGGAGCUGGACGUGUUUGACCUGAAGAAAUACUCUGCUUCAGAGGAGGGUCUUCUGAGGCUGCUGCCAGUGGUCAAAGCCUCCAAAACAUCUCUGUUGAAUGGCUGUGAUCUGUCAGAGGGAUGCUGUGAAGCUCUGGCCUCAGUUCUCAGCUCCAGCUCUAGUCUGAGAGAGUUGGACCUGAGUACCAACGAUCUGCAGGAUUCAGGAGUGAAGCUGCUCUCUGAUGAACUGGGGAGUCCACCCUGUACACUGGAAACUCUCAGGCUCAAUGGCUGUCAGCUGUCAGCGAGAUGCUGUGAAGCUCUGGCCUCAGUUCUCAGCUCCAACUCCUCUAGUCUGAGAGAGCUGGAGCUGAGUACCAAUGAUCUGCAGGAUUCAGGAGUGAAGCUGCUCUCUGCUGGACUGGGGAGUCCACACUGUACACUGGAAACUCUCAGGCUGAAUAGCUGUCGUCUGUCAGAGAGAUGCUGUGAAGCUCUGGCCUCAGUUCUCAGCUCCAACUCCUCUAAACUGAGAGAGCUGGACCUGAGUACCAAUGAUCUGCAGGAUUCAGGAGUGAAGCUGCUCUCUGCUGGACUGGGGAGUCCAAACUGUACACUGGAAACUCUCAGGUCAGUUGUCAGCCUCUUCUUCAAACUGGUUAUUCUAGCUUCCAGUAAGUGCUGCUCCUGCCUGAUGCAUUUCUGUUGCUCUUUUCCCUGCUGACA